UAAGAGUUGGAUCUUUUUUCCCAAAUGAGUGAAAAAAUAUGAGUCCAAAACCUCAUGCUGUGUGCAUCCCUCUUCCAGGACAAAGCCAUAUAAACGCAAUGUUCAGCGUAGCAAAGCUUCUUCACCAGAGAGGUUUCCAUAUUACUUUUGUCAACACACAGUACAAUCACAGGCGUAUAAUUAGGUCUAGAGGGCCAAAUUCUCUCGACGGCUUGCCCGACUUUCAGUUUCGAACCAUUCCCGAUGGCCCGACGGAGAGUUGUGACAACGACAUCGACGACCCGCUCGACAUACCCUCACUCUGCAUCUCGGUUUCUGAGUAUUUCUUAGCUCCUUUUUGUAGUAUGCUUUCGCAGUUGGAUGAUGCUUCGUCUCGAGUCAAUGGCAUCCCGCCGAUUAGCUGUAUAGUUGCUGAUGGUUGUAUGUCGUUCUCUAUUCAAGCUGGUGCUGAAUUUAACGUUCCAGUUGUACACUUGUGGCCUAUUAGCCCUUGCAGUUUGCUAGGAUUUAUGCACUUCGGUGAGCUUGUUGAGCGAGGGACCACUCCAUUUAAAGAUGAGAGCUAUUUAGUAGACGGGCAGCUCGAAACCACAAUAGAUUGGAUUCUGGGGAUGGAUAAGAUACGACUCAAAGAUCUACCGAGUUUCAUCAGAACAACAGAUCCAAACGACAUCUUGCUCAACUUCUUCAUUCAAGAAACAGAAAGAACUCAAAAAGCUUCAGCAAUUAUACUAAACACAUUUGAGGCACUGGAUCAAAAAGUUUUGGAUGCUCUUUCUUGCAUGCUUCCCCCCAUUUACACCAUUGGCCCACUCCACUUAUUUGCAAGAAAAAUCAAAGACGAUAGCCUUGAUGCAAUAGCUACAAAUAUUUGGGAAGAACGGACAUGUGAGUGCAUUGAAUGGCUCAAUUUGAGAGAACCCAAUUCAGUGAUUUAUGUAAAUUUUGGGAGUUUGGCUGUGGUGACACCUCGGUGCCUCGUCGAGCUUGCUUGGGGACUUGCAAAUAGCGGAAGGCCAUUCUUGUGGAUCAUAAGGCCUGAUCUUGUUCGAAGCGAGUCGGGGAUUUUGCCAUUUGAAUUUCUCGAAAGAACUAAAGCGAGGGGAAUGAUAGCGAGUUGGUGUGCUCAAGAAGAGGUGUUGAAACACCCGUCGAUAGGGGUUUUCUUGACGCAUGGUGGAUGGAACUCGACCAUGGAGAGCAUAUGUGCUGGAGUGCCGAUGAUAUCGUGGCCAUAUUUUGGGGAUCAACAAACGACAUGUCGAUAUUGUUGCGUUGAGUGGGGAGUUGCGAUGGAACUAGAGAGUGAUGUGAAGAGAGAUGAAGUUGAGAGUUGUAUUGGAGAGUUGAUGGGAGGAAAGAAGGGUGAAGAUAUGAAGAGGAAAGUUAUGGAGUUGAAAAGUAAAGCGGAGGAAUCGCAUAAUUCAGGUGGCUCUUCUCACCACAACUUUGAGAAAUUAAUUAUUGAAAUUCUAGAACAGUGAUUGUAUUAGGGAGAAUAUGUUUAUAUAGUGUAUGGAAUCACUACAGGUAUCUUUAUUAAUAAAUAACAUAGAGUUUAUCUUUUUAUUGAA